AUGUUCUCUCCGGUGCUCUUCGGCGGGCUGCUCGUCGCUCUCAUCACGGGCGUACACUCACAGAGCGCCUUCGUCCUGCCUCCCAACGCCGGCCCCGCCAACAACUAUCAGGACAAUCCUUCUUACCAAGUAGGCAAAACGAUCAAUGUGGAAUGGAGCGCCGACCUCUCCAGCAUGGAUGUUGUCAUCUGGCAGCAGUAUCCCACCUCUAGUGACUCGGACGGCUUCGUGCGACUGGUUGACCACACGACACUACUUUCUAUCGACUGGAAAGUCAGCUUAAAGGGCUUCCAGACAAACGUUUCCGAAGGCGAACAAGUCAUCCUCUACAUGGGACUAUACGAGACCGGGCAAACGAACCUGAACGCGAGCAGUCAUUACUUCAACGUUACUGUCCCGAGCUCGUACACCACAUUAUCAACGUCAACAACAGCGUCAGCGACCUCAACAGGCACCGCCGACGCGGUAUCAACGACUACAGAAGCCACCACCACAGCAGCAACGACAGAAGCGACAAAGAACUCAGAUUCGAAUUUAUCGACAGGAGCGGUCGCGGGCAUUGGCGUCGGCUCAGCGCUCGGUGGCAUUCUGCUACUCGGCGGUGUCGGAUUCUUUUUCUGGAAGCGAUCUCGCAAAGGAGACGCCAGCGGCGCAUACACACAGAGCCAACAAUCGCCACCGCCCGAGGAGGUCAAGCACGAGCUGGCAGAGGGAAGUUGGAACCAUCCGCCACCCCAGAGACCAGCAGUCGGCCCUGGAGGACUAUAUGAGGCUCCGUAA